AUGGCGUAUAUUGAUGACAUCAAGCUCACAAACGUAAUCCAAGCUUUAGCCGAAGGAAAGAAGACUCAUGUUCCAUUCCGGAAUUCUACGCUCACAAGACUGCUUCAAGAGAGUUUGGGUGGAAACUGUAAAACAAGCUUAGUGGUGUGUGUUUCACCUACAAUGGGUGACGUGAGUGAGACGAAAAGCGCGUUGUUCUUUGGAUCACGCGCCAUGAAGAUCACUAACACGGCUUACGUCAAUGUGGAGGUUGAUUACAAGAGGCUCAGCGAGGACUUGUCCAAGAUUGUUGACAUGAGAGAAAAAGAUUUGGAGGAGUUAAAGCAGUCUUAUGAGAACAGGAUCGAGCGACUGAAACACGAAGCCGAGGCAACGGUGGCAAGUGCCAUGGCCGAGACAGACAAGGUGGUAGCAACAGUGAAGAGUCUUUAUGAGAACGAGCAAUCAAGUUUACAAAGCGAUAUCGAAGGUCUAAACUCCCGCUUGGAAGAAGAAACUACACGCACAGCAAAUCUUCNAAUGCGAUCUAAAUCACGCGAUUUCCUUCCAAGUUGCGAAGGCUUCCUAUAG